CCGCUCGCGCCGAUCCCGCGCGCCUCCACUCGCUCUCAUUCCGCACUCGAUCGCACCGUCCGGCCUCCGGAGCUCCAGGAUAAGCCGCACUGAAGGCUCGAGGCACAGAAACAGGCGAUGAUGGCAGGGGUUGGUGGAGGCAAUGAUUUCCAGUGGUGCUUCUCCCAGGUCAAAGGAGCCAUAGAUGAAGAUGUUGCAGAAGCGGACAUUAUCUCAACCGUCGAAUUUAACUAUUCUGGGGAGUUACUAGCCACAGGAGACAAAGGGGGAAGAGUCGUCAUAUUUCAGCGAGAACAGGAGAGUAAAAACCGCCCGCUCUCAAGAGGCGAAUACAACGUGUACAGCACUUUUCAGAGUCACGAGCCCGAGUUUGAUUACUUGAAAAGUUUAGAAAUCGAGGAGAAGAUCAAUAAAAUCAGAUGGCUGCCGCAACAGAACGCUGCGCACUUUCUACUGUCCACAAACGACAAAACCAUCAAAUUAUGGAAGAUCAGCGAAAGGGAUAAACGAGCAGAAGGAUACAACCUUAAAGACGAGGACGGACGACUGCGAGAUCCGUUUCGAAUCACAUCACUACGGGUUCCUGUGCUGAUGCCGAUGGACUUGAUGGUUGAAGCCAGCCCUCGCAGAAUAUUUGCAAAUGCACAUACAUAUCACAUCAAUUCCAUUUCAGUAAAUAGUGAUUAUGAAACAUACCUUUCUGCAGACGACCUCAGAAUAAACCUCUGGCAUUUAGAAAUCACAGAUAGAAGUUUUAACAUUGUAGAUAUAAAACCAGCCAAUAUGGAGGAGCUGACGGAGGUGAUAACGGCGGCCGAGUGUCACCCGCACCAGUGUAAUGUGUUUGUGUACAGCAGUAGUAAAGGCACCAUCCGCCUGUGUGACAUGAGGGCCGCGGCGCUCUGCGAUAGACAUAGCAAAUUUUUUGAGGAGCCAGAAGACCCCAGCAGCCGGUCGUUCUUCUCUGAAAUCAUCUCCUCCAUAUCCGACGUCAAGUUCAGCCACAGCGGCAGAUACAUGAUGACCCGCGAUUACCUCUCCGUUAAGGUUUGGGACCUGAACAUGGAGAACCGGCCCGUAGAGACCUACCAGGUACACGAGUACCUACGUAGCAAGUUGUGCUCGCUCUACGAGAACGACUGCAUUUUCGACAAGUUUGAGUGCUGUUGGAACGGUUCAGACAGUGCCAUUAUGACGGGUUCCUACAACAACUUCUUCAGGAUGUUCGACAGGAACACGCGCAGGGACAUCACACUGGAGGCGUCGAGGGAGAGCAGUAAACCCCGUGCCAUGCUCAAACCCCGCAAGGUCUGCACCGGCGGCAAGCGGAAGAAAGACGAAAUCAGCGUCGACAGCCUGGACUUCAACAAGAAGAUCCUACACACCGCCUGGCACCCCAAAGAGAACGUCAUAGCUGUGGCCGCCACCAACAACCUGUAUAUAUUCCAGGACAAAAUGAAUUAAACGAGAGAGAGUGAUUUAAAAACCAAGAAGAAAUGAAAAUCAAGAAAAAAAAAAUAAAGAGAAACAUCUCCUAACACCCCAAUUCCUCCAGCGGAAAGUCGGAGGACGCUCAAGAAAUUUCGAACUUUGCAAGUGAUAAGUUUAAGUCGUUAAAUCUGUAAUGGAAAUAUGGCAGCAGUGUCGUCCUGACAAAAGAAGCACUUGUUUUACGCCAGGAAGUUGAAAGACAGACCGUAUAUUUUGGAAAAUUGAAAUAAUUCCUGAUCCCCCCCCCCCCCAAUCCUUUAUAGUAAAAGAUUCGAAGGCCAAUAUCGACCAACUCUCCAAUAACGGAAUCAGCAUUAAGAUGCUCGAACAACUUUGCAGAUGUAUUCGUCUCUCGGCUGAGCCUUACGUUUUUAUGAUUUGACGACCAAAAGUACAGAUGUGCACCAGGAUGAGUAACGUCCCGCUGUCAAUCGUUAUGUACUCGCAGGCCGUUUGUUUAUUGCCUGUCAACAUUCCUUCCCCUGGCCCGACUCUCAGGGCCAUCUCAUUCUACCUUUUUAGCACUUACAAACAGGUCUCCAUUUUUUUGGUCAGUGGACAGUUUCUUUUUCCGUUUUUAUUUUUGUUCUGUUUUUAUUUUAUACUACUUUUUUUUUCUUCUUGUUUUCUCAUGCAUAAUAAUAUCUACUCACUGACUGUAUCUAUAUAUUACACCAUCUGGUGUCAAACCACUUAAUAAAAGUAACAUAACUAC